AUUUAUAAUUUGUAUUUAUAUUUUUGUGAUUUUUUAGAAAAGAAGAAAGUCAAAAAAAUUCUAAUCACCUAAAUAAAUAAGAAGGAUUGUAAUUUUAUAAAGGAGAUAGGAGAUAGAAAAUAUAAAAUGAAGAAGAACCAAGGAAGUGCUGGAAACGGAAAUUAAAAUAGUAAUUUGAAUAGUAAUAGUUAAAGCUAAAACAACACAAGUAAAGGAAGGUUAAGUGCAUAAAAUCAAAGAAAAGUAGCACAGAGUAAUACAAAUAUCUCCCAUUAAAAUAGUAGCGCUAGCACAAAUAAUAAUAGUCAUUAAAGUAUAUAAAACCAAGAGGAGAAAAGGAGACCUCAAACAAAUGCAGAUAAGUACAAGCCUAACUAAAUAUCGAAUGUUAACAAUUUAUAAAGGCAAAGUGUACAAAGUGUUACAAAUUUAAGAGAAAAAAAACAAUUGGAAAUGCAUGCUGAUUAGGAUAUAUAUUAUGGAGAUAAUGAUGACAAUGAAGAUAAGAUAGCUAAAGAUUCAUAACCAGAAACUGAAAGGCAAAUAGAGUUAUCAGAAGAUUAAGAAAGUAUUGUCAAGCUAGUCAGUGGUUAUUUAGUGAAGCAUGGGUGUAAUCGCUCAAAUGAAAUAUUUCUGAAAGAGAUUUACAGACCAUAGAAUCCUCAAAACAAAAAGCAAAUGAUAGUGAAUUAAUUAAUAAAUGCAUUUUAAAAAGGUAAAAGAGAUUUGUUUUUUGGUAAAUGGACGUCAUUCCCUCACAACAACAAACCAAAUUAAAUUGAUAAAUUGGAAUUCUACCUUCAAAUAUAUUUCUUGAUUUAUGAGAUCCAUCCUCUUUUCAAGACUAAAGAUAAAAUAGGCAAUGAUAGAAUUGAGUACUUUAGAUCAUAUUUAGAUUCAAAAGGCUCUGAACUAUCUAAAACUACAGAAUUACUCACUUUUUAUGCACUUCCUUACAUAUAAAAACCAUAUGAACAUUAGAGCUUUAAACACUUGUUUACAUAAGAGUGGGUGUAAGAUUUGCAAAAGAAACUUAAAAGUUCAUUAGAUAAACUGAUAAAUGAAGAAGAUUAAUACUGUAAAUUGGAAGAAUUGUAUUUUUAAAGUAAAAGUAAACCAGAUUAAGCUAAAUAGUAAUAGGCACAUCAAUAAAUUUUAAGUAAUUAAAAUGUAGUACAAUAGUAGCCUUUUUAUCCAGCACCUUAUGCACCUGCUUUACAAUAAUAAAUGAAUAACAAUGGAUAAAAUAUUAACAUAAGCAACAAUAAUAUGCAACCUAACAACAUUAAUGUUAGUUAUUUGUAAAAUGACAUAAGCUACCUUCCAGAUAACUCUUACAUAACAGACAAUAACUCUCUAAGAGCUAAUAAUGAUUAAUAUCUUAGGGUAUUGUAAGAGUUAAACUCAAGAUAUUCAAAUCUUCAUAAAGUUUAUAUUUAAGUCUAAGAAUAAGCAAAGUAAGCUAUUAUGGAUUCACAUUAAAAGUGGUUUAAAUUAGGAUAAGAUCUAGUUUAUUUAGCAAAAGAUUUAAUAGGUAUGGUGGAAAUGGCAACUAAGGGUAAUCCUCCUUCGCCUCAAAUAUUCGAAAGUAAAAAAAAAAAGCUUGGCUAGUUUGAACAUUUCCUGAGCUCAAAUAUAGAAGACUUAGUUUAGUAGAAUCAGGAUAUAUCAUUAUUUGAAAAAUAAGUUAGUAUAAUUGAAUAUGAUCAAAGUCCAAUUAUGCAAUAGUAUAAAGUGUAGUAGCAUCCUUAGUUUAACGGUUAAAUUUUAAACUCCAACUUAUAAUUUGACUAAUCUCCACAGAAUAUACAAUAAGUUGGAGCUGGCUAUGAUAUAAAUUUACUAAAUAGCAGAAAAGGCUAAAAUUCUUAUGAUUAAAUGUCAUAAGUGCAAUAACAAUAGCAAUAACAAUAAAUUCAUCAAUAACAUCAACAAUAUCAAAUUCCUCAUUAGAAUCAAUAGGCGUUAUAAUAAAAUCAUAAUUUAUAUUAACAACAUUAAAUAGAUUAAGAUAAUGACUUCCAGUCUUAUGCACCAAUAGAUUUCAAUAAAAUAAAAAUAUCUUUAAAGUAGGAAACAAAUUUUUAAUUUAAAAUAAGCAUACUAUAAGCUCUUCGCUGGAGAAUUGCUAAAACUAGGAAUGCUUAUUAAAGAAGGGAAGUUAUUAUUUCUUACACAAUAAAUGAUCUCUUAGGGUGUUCAAAAAAUGAUUAACUACUUUAGAAUUCUAUUUUUAACUCACCAAACGAAAGGCUAACUGAAUUUGGUCUUAGAUUAGUUAAUGCAUUAGCUUCAGAUUUUGAGGGUCGUACAUAUCUAGUUGAAAGCGAAGCUCUUGUAAAACUCCUGAUUGCUAUACUUCGUCGUGAAAAAGAAGAUUCAAGUACAAGAAGAAAUGCCUUAGGGGCUCUGUAAAAGUUAUCUUUAAGAAAAAAACCUCAAAUUGUAAUGAUUUAGAAUGAUUUAAUAAAAUGGAUAGUCGAAACUUUAAGAGAAGAAAAAGAUUAGCUAAGUGAAUAUAGCUAUGAAUAUGCUACAGCCUUGUUUAUGAAUUUAUCUUUAAGAUCUCUAGGAAGAGAUAAAUGUGAAGAUGAAGAUUUAAGAGUUUUAGAAGUUCUACAGUAAUUAUUAGAGCAUGAAAACUAACAAGUCAGAACUUUUGUAAAUGGAACAUUAUACUCACUACUUAGCAGACCAGCUCUUAAGGAAUAGUCAAGAUAGCUCUCUUUAUUGCAAUAUCUUGUUCACUUAAGAGAUAAUUCUGACGAAAGAUUUAAUAAACAAUUACAAUAUAUAAUUAACUAGCUAGAGAAGCCUGAUGAAGAAGAGGAAGAAGAAAAUACUAGUGAUUAAGAAGAAGAUAAUGAUGAAGAUGAUAUUGAAGAUGAAGAAAUGGAUGAUGAAGAUGACUAGGAUGAAUACUUAGACCUAAUAGAGGUUCCAGGAAAUGAUUAACAACUUAUUGGAGAAAAUUUAUUGAUUUAAUAAUUUAGCUUAAGAGGCUAAGAGGCACUUAGAUAGCAUAAUAUGACAAGAACAGCAUUAGAAGAAAGCAAGAAAAACGCUCAUAACUAAUCUAUUCUGAAUUAAUCAAGAAUAAACAAUAGACCUGAGCCUUUUAAUAGACCUGCCACACCAUCUCUAUCUAUCAGCUAAAUCUCACACUCACAAAUGCAGGGCUACUAACAAGAUACUAAGAGAAACAAGAACUAACACAAUAUUUAGCAUUAAAAUAGCUAACAAAAGUAAUAUCAGUAAAAUAUUUACACAUAACAGUAAUAUUAAUAAAGAGAUAAUGGAGAAUAAUUAAGUUAGUAGCAAUAGCAACUAAUGCUACUAAAGUAAAAGUAACAAAUGCAAUAACAGUAAAUUUAGCAAAAUUAACAAUAACAACAGUAUAUCAACUAAUAUUAAUAACACUAAAAGUAAAAUCUGAAUUAGUAAUAUAUUCAUUAAUCUCCAUAAAUGUACAACGAUGGUAAUAAUUACUCAUAAAAUUCUUCUGAUAGCAAAACCUAUAUUCAACAUCAACAACAACAUCAAUAGUCAGUCAAAAACAAUCACAACUUGCCAGUUAAUUAAAAUACAAAGUUACCACAUAACGAGAUAAAAGUAUCAGACACUAAAGAGGCAUUUGCACCAAGACCUAAAAUACCAAGAACACCACCAUCAAAUAUAGAUGAGGAUAGUAAUUGA